AUGCGGGGUGAGGGGGGGUCCCGGGCUGGGGUCCCUCACCAGGCUGCAGCUUGUCCCCCGCAGGCGGCCUGGCUGGGCAUCAACAUCUUCCUCUUCACCUACUACUUUCUGUUCUUCGACCUGGACGAGCGGUAUUUCUACACCAGGGCCAUCCUCGGGCCUGCCCGCGUGCUGGAGCUGCGGAUGCAGAAGAAGGGCUUCCGCAUGGAGGUGGGGCAGUACAUCUUCGUCAACUGCCCCGCCAUCUCCCUGCUGGAGUGGCACCCCUUCACCCUCACCUCGGCGCCCGAGGAGGACGUCUUCUCCAUCCACAUCCGGGCGGCCGGCGACUGGACGGAGCGCCUCAUCGACACCUUCCAGCAGCAGAGGCCGGAGAUGCCCAGGAUCGAGGUGGAUGGCCCCUUCGGCACGGCCAGCGAGGACGUGUUCCAGUACGAGGUGGCCAUGCUGGUGGGAGCAGGCAUCGGCGUCACCCCCUUCGCCUCCAUCCUGAAGUCCAUCUGGUACAAGUUCCAGCAGGCUGAUCAGACCCUCAAGACCAAGAAGAUCUACUUCUACUGGCUCUGCCGCGACACGG